CCCCUCGAAACGACAGACGUUACGCUCACAGUUGAUUUAAAACGACUGCUCUUCCCAUCUCUUAUCUUAUACCCUCUUCCCUUAUCUCGCCGCUCCAAAUGCGUCCUUUUAGGUACCUCGCCGAUGCCAACUCCUCCUCCAUCUCCGACACGGUGGAGCCCGAGAGGUAUGACUCCGACUUCGUCAUAAUCCUCGCCGCUCUUCUCUGCGCCUUGAUAUGCGUUCUUGGUCUCGUUGCUGUCGCCCGAUGCGCCUGGCUACGCCACCUCGCUGGCGAUGGAGGCGGCGCUGCUUCCACUCGUCCUCCUCCGCCUCCUGCCUCCAACAAAGGUCUCAAGAAGAAGAUCCUGAGGUCUCUUCCCAAGUACACCUUCACCGCCGAGUUUGCUGCUCAGUUCUCAGAUUGCGCGAUCUGCCUCGCGGAGUUCGUUGUCGGUGAUGAAAUCCGCGUUCUGCCGCAGUGUGGCCAUGGAUUUCACGUGUCCUGCAUCGAUACGUGGUUCCGAUCUCACUCCUCCUGUCCUUCAUGCCGUCAGAUUCUGGUGGUAAGUCAGUGCCAGAAGUGCGGCGGUUUUCCUGCGAGCUCGAGUUCGAACGGUGGGACUGAAUCCAGAGUAAAAGAUGGAGAAGAUAAGAGGAAUAGGUUCUUACCUUAGGCCUAGGUUUUGAACUACUGCGAUUCUUGUUCCUUGCUUCCUCCGUGCUGUAAAUAUCUUUCUGAAUCAAAAUUCAUGUAAUUACAAGAAGUUGUGGAUGUAUUCAAAUUGUAAGCGGAGGCGAUUUCCCUGAAUUUGAAAUCUGCCGCUCUGGUACGUUCUAUCGUGAAUAUUGACCUCAAAUCUGUCGUCGAUCUUCAGCCUCGGAACGUAACGGAGACGGCAUAAUUUUACAGUGCAGGCGCUCAAAUCGGAAGGGGAACAGUGUUAGUAGUA